AGAUAAAAAAUUUUGCUGAAAAAUGCUGAGUAUUCUUCAUAUUCUAGGAAUUUCAGUUUUUCUGCCUUUCAAGAUAUCUUUACAAACCAAACCAAACCAGGAUAUUUGUCAGAAGAACGUAACAACACACGCUGGUCUGACAGCUAGGCUGUUCUGCUGUUUGGGAGUUCAGGAGCCAGAUUUAGAGAUAUCCUGGGUUAGGAGGAGAGAUCUUGUAAUUCUUAGUCAUGGGAGCACAGUGUUUACAUCAGAUUCAAGAGUUCAGGUGUCUAAGCACGGCACAGGAGUGUGGGAGCUGCGGCUAGGACUGGUUGGUGGGGAGGAUGCAGGACGGUACCAGUGCCAGACAAAUACAGAACCAAAGGGAGAUUGGACGGUCAACCUUGUGGUUCAAGAAACAAGAGCUGAGGUGACCGGCCCAAAGGAACUGUACCUGAAGGCUGGAAGUGCGCUGCGGCUAGUGUGCAGGGUCAACCUAGGUCCAUCAGGUCCAGACCAACAUUUCAGGGAUACCGGAGUGCUACACUGGUUCCAAGAUCAGAGAUUACUGGAUCCUGAAGUAAAGAAUAAUUCUAGAAUAUCCUCCCAUACUCAUCUAGAUAAAAUAUACCAGGGUUGGUUGAAUAUAGACAGGACAGUGCCUGGGGACUCCGGAAACUAUACUUGUGUUCCAUCAUAUUCUACACCUGACUGGGUUAUAGUUCAUAUAAUAAAAGAUGAGAAGGAUCCUGCUGGACUUCAAGAUGGAGCUGGAGCACCUGGUGGAGCACAAUCUAGUCUUGAUCAGGGUUCAACUCCUUCUCUAGUGGUUCUUGUUUUCUUCUGCUUACAGCAUCAAGUAUAUAGAUUACAAUGUUUAGCAGUUCUUUGGAUUCUUAGUACAUAUAUAUAAUAAUCUUAUUGUAUUUAGCUACAGUGAACGCCGUUUAUAUUAAUACAAUAAAGACGACUUUUCUAUUUAGUUUUUUUCCAACAAGAUUUUUUCAAAUUACAAGUUUAAAAGUUAUAUAAAGAGAAGGUUAAAUUUAAUUGACAUCUUUUCUUUUUUCCAUGCUGUCUGAAAGCUUGGUAGGAAUCUAAAAAAAUGUCGUCUCUUUUGUAUUAAUAUAUACGAGAACGACUCUAUCUAAUACUCUUCACUGUACCUUAUUUAAACAGUGGCCGAAUUUAAAGAAUUUGAGCGGCGGUUUAAAUUUAAGCCGCGGCUUAAAUAUGGUUGGUUCCACUUA